GUGGCUGCCGCUGCUCCCGCCGCCGCCAAGAUGGAUUUAGCCUACGGGGCCGUGUGGCUGCUCGCGGUGCUGCUGGAGGGCAUCUCUGGACAAGGCGUCUACGCCCCACCCACAGUGAGGAUCAUCCACUCGGGCCUGGCCUGCAACAUUGAGGAGGAGCGAUACUCGGAGAGAGUGUACACAAUCCGGGAAGGGGAGACGCUGGAGCUGACCUGCUUGGUCACAGGGCACCCUCGGCCGCAGAUCAGGUGGACCAAAACAGCAGGAAGUGCAUCUGACCGGUUUCAAGAUUCCAGCGUCUUCAACGAGACAUUGAGGAUCGCCAACAUCCAGCGACACCAAGGGGGCCGCUACUACUGCAAGGCGGAGAAUGGCUUGGGCUCGCCAGCGAUCAAAUCAAUCAGGGUCGACGUGUACUAUCUGGACGACCCCAUUGUGACCGUCCACCAGAGCAUAGGGGAAGCCAAGGAACAGUUUUACUAUGAGCGGACAGUGUUCCUCAGGUGCGUGGCCAAUUCCAACCCACCCGUCCGGUACAGCUGGCGGCGAGGGCAGGAGGUGUUGCUCCAAGGAUCCGACAAAGGGGUUGAAAUUUACGAGCCCUUCUUUACCCAGGGUGAAACCAAGAUCCUGAAGCUCAAGAACCUCCGGCCGCAGGAUUAUGCCAAUUACAGCUGCAUUGCUUCGGUCAGGAACGUCUGCAACAUCUCCGACAAAAUGGUGUCCUUCCGGCUUUCCAACAAAACAGCCUCUCCCUCGAUCAAGCUCUUGGUGGACGACCCCAUCGUGGUCAAUCCCGGGGAGGCCAUCACCUUGGUGUGCGUCACAACGGGUGGGGAGCCCCUUCCCACCCUCACCUGGGUCCGGUCGGUGGGAGCCCUGCCUGAGAAGACCGUCCUGAAAGGGGGGACGUUGACCAUCCCGGCCAUCACCUCCGACGACGACGGAACCUACAGCUGCAUUGCCAACAACAAUGUGGGGAACCCAGCGAAGAAGUCCACCAACAUCAUCGUCCGAGCCUUGAAGAAAGGGCGGUUCUGGAUCACGCCUGACCCAUAUCACAAAGACGACAACAUCCAGAUCGGCCGGGAGGUCAAGAUCUCCUGCCAGGUGGAGGCGGUCCCUUCCGAGGAGCUCACCUUCAGCUGGUUCAAAAACGGUCGGCCGUUGCGCAGCUCUGAGAGGAUGGUCAUCACUCAAACAGACCCCGACGUCUCCCCAGGCACCACCAACUUGGAUAUCAUUGACCUGAAGUUCACGGACUUUGGGACAUACACCUGUGUUGCAUCCCUGAAGGGCGGGGGGAUCUCGGACAUCAGCAUCGAUGUCAACAUUUCCAGCAGCACAGUUCCACCCAACCUGACUGUCCCACAAGAAAAGUCGCCCUUGGUGACCAGGGAAGGAGACACGGUUGAACUGCAGUGCCAGGUGACCGGGAAGCCCAAGCCAAUCAUCCUCUGGUCCAGGGCGGACAAGGAGGUGCCCAUGCCUGAUGGAUCUAUGCAGAUGGAGAGCUACGACGGGAUCCUGCGGAUCGUCAACGUCUCGAGGGAGAUGACGGGGACUUACAGGUGUCAGACCAGCCAGUACAAUGGAUUUAACGUCAAGCCACGGGAAGCCCUGGUGCAGCUCAUUGUGCAGUAUCCCCCGGCCGUGGAGCCGACCUUCCUGGAGAUCCGGCAGGGCCAAGGCCGAAGCGUCACCAUGACCUGCCGAGUGCUGAGGGCUUACCCAACCCGCGUCUUGACCUUCGAGUGGCGGCUGGGCAACAAACUCCUUCGGACGGGGCAGUUUGACGCCCAGGACUCCACCGAGUACACCAUCCGGAGCCUUUCCAGGGACAGCUAUGGGAUUUACAACUGCAACAUCAUCAACGAGGCGGGGGCCGGGAGGUGCACAUUUCUGGUGACAGGCAAAGCCUAUGCCCCGGAGUUCUACUACGACACCUACAACCCGCUGUGGCAGAAUCGGGCCCGCGUCUACGCCUACAGCCUCGAGUGGACUCAGAUGAACCCGGACGCUGUGGACCGCAUCCUCACGUACCACCUGGGCAUCCGGCAGGCCGGACAGCAGCGCUGGUGGGAGCAGGAAAUUGCCGUGAACCUGAAGAUCCAGAAGGGGGAAUUGAUCACCUACAACCUGACUGAGCUGAUCAAGCCUGAGGCUUACGAAGUCCGCCUGACCCCAGUCACCAUCUUCGGAGAUGGAGAUUCAACGAUACGCGUGAUCAAAUACAGCGCCCCGAUGAAUCCUCACCUACGAGAAUUCCACUGCGGCUUUGAAGACGGCAACAUUUGUUUGUUCACCCAAGACGAGAAGGACAACUUUGACUGGACGAGGCAAAAUAUUAUCCUCCGGGACACCAAGUACACCCCAAACACAGGGCCCAGCGCUGACCGGUCAGGAUCCAAGGAAGGGUUCUUCAUGUACAUUGAAGCCUCCAGUCCCAGGAAGGAAGGAGACCGGGCCAGGCUGACCAGCCCUCUUUUCAGCAUCCCCCCAAAAAACCCCUAUGGAGCCACCAACACGGCAUACUGCUUCAGCUUCUAUUAUAACAUGUACGGACAACACAUAGGAACCUUGAAUGUCUACCUGCGGUUAAAGAACCAGGCUUCCAUAGAAAACCCCUUCUGGUCUUCGAGCGGAAACAAAGGGCAGCAUUGGUCUCAGGCCCGAGUGAAUAUACAUCCAAACACUUCGUUUCAGGUUGUUUUUGAAGGAAUCCGUGGCAAAGGCAUCGAAGGCGACAUCGCCAUCGACGACAUCUCAAUUGUGGAAGGCGAAUGCACAAAAGAGGACUAUGUAAACAAUCAUAUACCUUCGGGCACAGUCAGGACUCUGCCACAUAUACGGAUUUUCCCCGUUUUCCUUCUCAUGUCUGUCUUAAGUCAUCAGAGGUGACCUUAUUCCGGCAGAGGCUACAGCAGACGAGGUGGCAUGAGGAAAAGAGAACAUUUUUAAAAAGAAACAAAAACUACCAAAGAUUCCUCCACUGACUGACUCAAAAACGAUUUUUUAAAAAAUAAAAAAGAAGAAGAUGAUGAUGAUGAAGAAUAAG